UUAAACUAUUUCAAAUGCUCGAAUGAGUUUCUUAAACAGUUUCGUUGAUUUAGCAGAAGUCUGGGCUCAAGUGCGGCUUCUAGGGGAUUCUUAACCUAAGCGUGGUAUUUCCUUCUCAAUGAGAAAUAUCAAAGGAAAUUACUUUGCGGGAAUCUCUGGGAUAGCAACCGUAACAAUAAAUAAACUGAAUAAAUUGUUUUUGGGUAAACAUACGUUAUUUUUUUGACGUGCUUAUAUUCUUAGUAAAUUUUAAUCUCAAAUAAGUUUUACUCUAUAAGCCAUCUGUUGGAGCUGAUCGUUUUUAUUGUUGUUUUUUUUCAACUGUUUCUAAGCCUGAACAUUAAAAACACUGGACUUUUUAUUGAUGAUAGGAUGCGAACAAACAGCAACCGAGACUAAUGCUCUUUUUUUCUGUUCAAUCAAAUUCGGUAUACUUUAUCCGUAUGAUAUUUUUAGCCCUUUGUUCCUAAGAAACUGUUAUUAUUUUUUGGCGGCAUAUUUGAAGAUAAUUAAAGAAAUAUUUUGAAUUUUUCAUACCGAAAACUUUUGGAUAUGCCGCAUGUGUUCCUUUCUCAGUUUUUUUUGGGAAUGGUUACGGCAGGUACAUUUUUGUUUAUAAUACGGUUCGGGUCGUGUUCUGCUUCAGUCGUUUAGAAUAUUUGAAAUUUCUUUUGUUUUCAAUUUGAGAGCUGCUACUGCUUAAGAUCAACUGAACAAAAGAUUAGUCUACGAAAAAUUUGUUGUUUGAGCAGGAAGAACAGCCCAACACAAGUAAUCACUUGGAAGAAAUAAGUUUUAAGUUGUGUAGCCUCACAGAGAAGAAUCGUGUCUGUUUAGGUGGAGCGGUUUCAAUUAGAACAAAAUGCACACAGAAGUUUUUGACGGGAAUAAAAAUACCAUCGAAAUAGAAAAACCGCAGAUUAAGUCUAUGGAGGUCUAUGAUAAAACCCUAAAAGAAGAACCCACCGCAGUUGAUAGCAACGCAGCGCCAUCCAGAGAUACCUCGAGCGAGACAAUCGACGUCACAACCGUGCCAGUAACUACAGAGAAUGGGCUGGAUGCUGGUCUCAAUAAUGAAACAAAAGCUCCCACAGUCCCACCACCCUCUAUAGCUGAACCAGUGGUAUCACAGACGCAUAGUUACACCAGAGAAGUUCUACCUCCCAAUAGUAUUUACGGUAUUGAGAGUCUCACGAGUAAGCCUUAUGAACCCAGUGAUAUGAAGUUACUGCCAGAAGGCAUCCACUCCCCUCGCUAUCCCUCUCAUAACAUUGCCUCUCCCCUUCAUUCCUCUCCUGAUAAAGAUCCUACACGUCAUGUCCAUAGAGCUGAAAAUAACGCUCCCUGGAUGUCUCCUGUAAAAGCUCAUAAUUAUCGAGGCCCUUGUCCUCCAACCAGUCCAUAUAUUGACUCUCGUGGUGAUCCCUCCUAUGCCAAUGGACCGCGCAGGUACCUUCCACCAUUUUAUGGGGGUGGGAGAAAUUUCAUCCAUCCCAACGAUCGAACAAGGUAUAGUGCUUACCCUUUAGGUAGUCCAUUAUUGUCCACUUUAGGGUACCCUCGUGAGCCUCUUGAUACAAGAUAUCAAUUGCAUAUGAACCCUGGCGUUGGUUUCGAAGAGGAUAAAUUUAAGCUGUCUCCGCCCAGCAUGGAUGACAAACACAUAUGGACAAAACAAGAGGUGGAACUCUUGCUUGAUCUCUACGAAGAGCACAAAUCAAAACUUCAAGAUCCGAGAGUUCGUAAAACAAAGGUUUGGGACGACAUCGCCAAACAAAUACACGAGAAGCUCGAUGCUGACGUAAACGGUUGCCAGUGUAAUCAGAAAUUCCGAAAUAUGAAAGCAGAUUACCAGAAAGUGAUAGAGCAUAAUGCACGAUCUGGCUCGUUUCGAAAAACGUGUAAAUAUUACGAUCGAUUGGAAAAGUUGUUGACACCUGUGAGUGAGCCCGAUAAACUGAAAGAAGAGAUGGAGGGUGAUGGAAAAUAUUUUAAUGGUAUUGCGUUCGGUAGUAAUCAAAAUGGAUUUCCAAGCAAAGCUGGCACACCAAAUGGAUUUUAUGAACGUGAAAUGUCCAGAACAUCUUCUUCCCCAGAAUCGGGAGAAAACAACCGCCCAUACGAAAACGGUACUGGUUCUAGCGGCACUCCAAGCUCUCCAGAGAAGCGUCCUUUAAAUCAUAUAGAAUCUGCUAGUGAUGAUUCUUCACCGCCGCCAUCGAAACGCCCAUUUACGCAGUGCAGCUGUGGCGGUGUAAACAAAAGGGAACUCAUCGAAGUUUUAAAAGAAUUUUUAAAGGAACAAAGAAAGCGAGAAGAAGAAACAAUAAAUAAAAUACAAACAUUACACAAGGAAAAAAUCGAUACUGUUGUUAAAUUUUUGGAUCUUUUCCAAGAGCUUGUCAAAAAGGUUUAGUAUGUGUGCAAAAACUUAUAAGAAAUCCUACAUUAGCUAUUAUCACAUGCGCAACUUAAAACUUGUACAUAUUAAAAUGAAACUCGCAAUUGUAUUUAUAAACAACCUCGUUCCAAGACUUCUAUUGCGCUCUCUUGCCAGUACGAAUUUUUUUGCGCAAGCACUCACCAUAGCAGAAAAGCGGAAAGAUGCCUGGGAACGAGAUUGUGAUUAUAUAUAUAUAGGGAAUUAACUGUUAAUUGAACAUAUUAUUUAAAAAAUUAAUUUAUUUCAUUGUAUUAUAAUAUAUUUAUAUUUGUAUUAAUAUUCAUUAGUCUUAAUUUAUUUAAUGAUUCAACUUCUUCUUUAGUAUUUCUUCUCUCUUUUAAAAAUAUAUGACAGUUGAUGAAAAAAUCAACUACAACUAUAACAAGCAAAGUUGUUGUUUUUUUAAGUAUUGUUAUCGCUAUAAGAUAGUAUACGGUGACGAUCACCUUUUGAAAAAGUCUGAGGCUAGUGUCCUUUGAUGUGUUUGUAGUCGGGACAAAAUGGGCGCCAAAAAUCAGAAGUUUAUGCCAAUUUAAAGGGCGAAAUAAAACAAAAGUUAUUAUAUUUUUUUUCGCAAUAAGGUCUUACUGGUUGGCUAUCUGGUGUUCAAGAUGUUUCUUACGGAAUUCAGAAAUCAUCAAAAACUAUUUAAGACAAUCUAAUUGUAUUUUUUAAAUCUUUUUUAAAAUUACAGAUUACUUCAAAGAAGAUGGUAGAAUUUUGAAUUAACUCGAGUAACCCGUUUAGAGACUAAAUGUGCCAUUAUCUACCAACGUUUUGAGAAUUUUAAUAUUAUCCUUGAAGUAACUUUUAUCUUGAAGGGGGGGGGACCACUAUUCUAAAAAUAGCACAUUUAAGUACUUUUCUCUUUUUUUGGAAUGUCUUCUUUUUUAAGUCGAAUUUGUGCUUUACGUUGGAAUAAAUGGGGUUGAAAAGGGAUUGGUUAUUUUUUAGGAAUCUGUGUAUUCUUUAGAAACUAUUAGAAAAACUGGAUUUAAUUUAACUUUUUUUUGGAACUGAGCAGAAAGUAUAUGUAAGAGGAAAUUCACCUUAAUAAGAUCCACGUGUACGUAUUGAGCCUGGGUUUAUUCCUUGCAAAGGAAUCAGCGAACUAUGUCAAACACACCUCCAACAAUUAAACAGAAACUCAAACCUGAAGUAAAGCAUUUAAAAUAAAUAAGAAAAAAAAAAAAAGUAUAAUUAAAGUUUUACGGUCUGGUUAUAUAAAGUGAGUGAUUUUGACAUAUUAUAUUUGAUUCCUGGCGUGAGCAUCGUUUCCCUUCUUCUCCACAUAUGAUGUACAGGGCCGCCUCGUCCGAAAUCCCUAGGGGCGAGGUUGUCUUUUAACAAUAAUACUUGAGAGACAGUUAAAAAAGAACUAUUGCAUUUUAAAUAAUGUAUGUAUGUAUGGACGCAAUUUAUUUUAUCAUGGUUGAUAGACAAAAC